CGGCUCACAAAAUUACCUCUCUCUCCUCUCCAUCAUCAUCUCAGAGAUUACUCCAAUAACACAAAGAUUUGGUGACCAAAACAACUAUUACUUGCAGUGGUUCAACCUCUCUCCCUAUUCUCUCUCUUUCUCUUAUGACUACGCAUAGCCAUAUGUAAUGAUAAGAGAGGUUGAUACUUACAACUAAGAAACCAUGACUUUCAACCGAAGCAACCUCUUCUCAUUAUUCCUCCUCCACCUUCUAGUCCCCACACAAGUCCAAGCUCUCAACACUGAUGGUGUUCUUUUGCUAUCUUUCAAAUACUCUAUCCUCAAUGACCCUCUCUCUGUUCUACGCAACUGGAACUAUGACGAUGAAACACCAUGCUUGUGGACAGGUGUCACAUGCACAGAGCUUGGGAAACCCAGCACACCAGACAUGUUCAGAGUCACAAGCUUGGUACUUCCCAACAAACACCUUCUUGGCUCCAUCGCUCCGGACUUGUUCUCCAUCCCGCAUCUAAGGAUCUUGGAUCUGUCCAGCAACUUCUUCAACGGGUCACUCCCAGACUUAAACGCCACUGAGCUUAGUAUCAUCUCCCUUGGAAGCAACAAUCUCUCUGGUGAUUUGCCUGCGAGUAUCAACAGUGCGACAAACCUCCAGCUCCUGAACCUCUCUUCCAACGCAUUCACCGGAAAACUACCGCCCAGCCUCUCACUUCUGAAGAAUCUAACGGUCGUUUCCUUGACAAAGAACUCCUUCUCAGGAGAUAUUCCGGGUGGUUUCGAAGCUGUACAAGUUCUUGACCUUUCUUCAAACCUUUUAAACGGCUCUCUCCCUCCGGACUUGGGAGGGAGAAGCUUGCAUUACUUGAGCUUAUCACACAACAACGUCUCCGGGGUGGUUCCUCCAGGGUUUGCAGACAAGUUUCCAGCAAACGCUACAAUCGACCUCUCCUUCAACAACCUAACAGGCCCAAUCCCUAGCUCCCUCUCUCUACUUAACCAAAAGGCAGAGUCUUUCUCUGGUAAUCCAGAGUUGUGUGGGAAACCAUUAAAGACCCUUUGCUCAAUCCCUUCAACUCUUUCAAACCCUCCAAACAAACCUGAAAACACUUCACCUGCUAUAGCUGUCAAGCCAAGAAACUCAGCUCCUCCAACAAACUCAUCAACAGAGUCACCAAACCAAACUGUGAAAAGCAAGCUAAAGCCAAGCACCAUCGCCGGAAUCAUUGUUGCAGACAUAGUUGGUCUAGCUAUCAUAGCUCUCUUUGUCCUCUACGUUUACCAAGUCAGGAAACGAAGAAGGUCCCCAGAGUCCAACACUUUCAGCCUCUUCACAAUCUGUCUAGACAAAAACGAAGCCAAGAAAUCAAAACCAAGCGUCGUCAUGGAGGUCAACGUCACAGAAUCACCAGAUGCUAAAACGGCUUGUGGCUCGUGCAUCAACGGAGGAAGGUACGACGAGACGUCGACGUCAGAGAGCGACGUAGAGAAUCAGCAAACCGUUAAGGCAUUUGAUCGAACAGAUGGUGGGCGGCGACUGAAACAGAGCACUCAAACGCAACUAAUCACAGUCGACGGAGAGACUCGGCUGGAUUUGGAUACUCUACUAAAGGCUUCUGCUUACGUAUUGGGAACUAACGUAAGUAGAAUCGUGUACAAGGCGGUUCUUGAAAACGGCACGGCUUUCGCGGUGCGGAGGAUAGAAACAGAGAGCUGUGUGACGACGAAAGUUAAGGAAUUUGAGCGGGAGGUUCGUGUUAUCGCUAAGCUUCGACAUCCGAAUCUCGUUAGGAUUCGUGGGUUCUGCUGGGGAAACGACGAGAAGCUUCUAAUUUCUGACUUUGUUCCUAACGGUAGCCUUCUUAGCUCAUUCAACGCGACUAAGUCAAGCGCAAGCUCGUCUACGCCGUCUAUGCAACACCCACUUUCUUUCGAGGCACGGCUCAAGAUAGCUAAAGGAAUGACACGUGGACUAUCUUACAUCAACGAGAAGAAACACGUGCACGGUAACAUCAAGCCCAAUAACAUUCUCUUGAACUCUGAGAAUGAGCCAAUCAUCACCGAUCUUGGUCUAGACCGCCUCAUGACACGGGCGCGUGAGCCUCACACCAAUGGACCAACUUCGAGCUUACCUUGCUACCAGCCACCGGAAAGGAGUACAAGCGAGAAGCCAAACCCUAAGUGGGACGUUUAUUCCUUCGGCGUCAUUCUAUUAGAGCUUCUCACAGGGAAAACUUUUUCGGUUGAACAAGAUGUAGAUCAGUGGUCAGAGUUACUCCACGGUUCUGAAGCUGAAGAGAAAGGGCGGUUCUUGAGGUUAAUCGAUGGUUCGAUUAGAAGCGAAGUAGCUCGGCACGAAGAUGCUGCAAUGGUGUGUUUUAGGUUAGGGAUUGAAUGUGUGUCUUCCUUGCCUCAGAAGCGACCGUCUAUGAAGGAAGUAGUGCAAGUGUUGGAUAAAGUGAGUGUUUAGUUUGGUUUCUUCAAGCCGAAGUCGUUGGCAUUUGUAGAAAGUGUGUUUAUUACAUGUGUUGCUUACUCUACAGUCGUAUAAGCUGUGUAUUUCCUUCUAACUCUUUGUUUUUUUUUUGGUUAGUUAAUUAACCACCUUAAAUAAGCUUCGUUAGUUCAUUUAAAACUU